AAUACAAACUUCCUGAAAGCUAUUUCAAUUGGUAAAAGACCGCUAAGCUCUCAACUCUUUCAUGGCUCAAUUUUGGAAGCCGGGAACCGAGAGGCCGCUCCUUCUCGACGACGAGGAAGCGGGCAUUUUCCUGAGUUCAGCGGCUUCCGCAUCUUCUUCUCGAUUAGGCUUCGUGAACAUAGAGAAGCAAAGGCAGACACUACCAGUUUACAAAUACAGAGAGGCUAUUCUCUAUCUGGUGGAGACCCAUGGCACGACUAUUGUCGUGGGAGAAACUGGAAGUGGAAAAACCACCCAAAUUCCUCAAUACCUCAAAGAAGCUGGUUGGGCUGAUGGAGGGUAUGUGAUUGCUUGUACUCAGCCAAGACGACUGGCUGUCCAGUCGGUAGCUUCGAGGGUAGCUGAAGAAAUGGGCGUCAAGCUUGGAGAGGAAGUUGGUUAUACCAUUCGAUUUGAAGAUCUCACAAAUACAGAUUUUACAAGAAUUAAGUUUCUUACUGAUGGUGUCUUAUUGAGGGAAAUGAUGGACGACCCACUAUUAACUAAAUACAGUGUCAUAAUAGUAGAUGAAGCUCAUGAGCGAUCCCUUGCAACAGAUGUUUUACUUGGUCUGCUAAAAAAGAUCCAAAAGCGCCGACCUGAACUCCGCCUGAUUAUAUCAUCAGCUACAAUCGAGGCUAAAUCCAUGGCUGCCUUCUUCCGUAUAAGGAAAAAGCACACAGUGCCAGAAGGUGAGAAGCAAGAGCCGAACCCAGAGCCAGCAAUUCUGUCGGUUGAGGGAAGAGGAUUUAAUGUUCAGAUCUUUUAUAUUGAAGAACCUGUUUCUGACUAUGUUCGAACUGCUGUAUCAACUGUUAUGUCAAUUCAUAAACAGGAACCAAUGGGGGAUAUACUCGUUUUCAUGACUGGUCAAGAUGAUAUUGAAGCUGUUCUUCACUUACUUGAGGAGGAAGCACAACAAUCAAAAUCUUCUUUAGGAUUGGUUCCUCUGCCAUUAUAUUCAGGUCUUCCAAGGGCUGAUCAGGACCUUAUAUUUUCCCCUACUCCAAGAGGAAAGAGGAAAGUAGUGAUAUGUACAAACAUUGCAGAGACAUCAUUGACUUUGGAGGGUAUUGUCUAUGUUGUUGACAGUGGGUUCUCUAAACAACGAUAUUACAACCCGAUAUCAGAUAUUGAAAACUUAGUGAUUGCACCAAUAUCCAAGGCAUCUGCUAAACAAAGGGCUGGUAGAGCUGGAAGGGUACGCCCGGGAAAAUGCUAUAGACUGUACACAGAAGAGUAUUUUUUGAAUGAAAUGUCUAAUGAGGGGAUACCAGAGAUGCAAAGAGCGAACCUUGUGUCCACUGUUAUUCAGUUAAAGGCAUUGGGAGUUGACAAUAUAUUAGGCUUUGAUUGGUUGUCUUCUCCAACUCCCGAGGCAAUGAUCAGAGCACUUGAAAUACUGUAUUCACUUGGAGUCAUCGAUGAUGAUGCCAAACUUACUUCACCUAUCGGGUUCCAAAUUGCUGAAAUCCCCUUGGAUCCAAUGAUCUCGAAGAUGAUAUUGGCUUCUAGUGAAUUUGGCUGUUCUGAGGAAAUUAUCACUAUUGCUGCUGUGCUCUCUAUUCAGUCUAUCUGGGUUUCAGGUCGAGGGCAGCAAAAGGGGAUGGAUGAAGCCAAGCUGAGGUUUGCUGCUUCUGAGGGUGAUCAUGUAACUUUCCUGAAUGUCUACAAGGGGUUUCUUCAGUCCAAUAAAUCCUCAAAAUGGUGUCAUAAGAAUUUUGUGAACUACAAUGCCAUGAGAAAAGUUAUUGAGAUCAGAGAACAACUCAGAAGAAUAGCACAUCGUAUCGGUGUAGUGCUAAAAUCAUGCGAUACAGACAUGGAGGUAGUGAGGAAGGCCGUUAUUGCAGGAUGCUUUGCUAAUGCUUGUCGUUUAGAUGCAUCCAGUCACAAUGAGAUGUAUAAGACCUUCAGAGGUUCACAAGAAGUCUAUAUUCACCCAUCAUCUGUGCUAUUCAGGGUUAACCCGAAGUGGGUUAUAUACCAUUCUAUUGUCUCCACUGAUCGCCAGUACAUGCGGAAUGUUAUCUCAAUAGAUCCUUCUUGGCUGAUAGAAGCUGCUCCCCAUUUUUUCGUGAAACAAAAACUCAACCAUGUACACAGUUGAUCAUUACGGUUGGAUUUGAGGACUGCUAUGAGUCCUUUAAAAGGGGUGCAUAUGGGUUCCUUAUCAAAGAAUAUUUUUGUCGAUCCUUGCAUGUAUACUUCGCCUACAUCAUAAAUUAUUGGAAGGUGGCAUUUUUUUGUUUCUGUAGACUUUGUGGGGAAUUUGGUUAGUAUAUUGAAAGAGCUUUAAUAGUUGGAACAUGCAUUAGUUACUAUGUUGAGAACAUAUGUUGGAACUAUCUUAAGGUUGCUAGAUUGUUUUCUUUA